UUACAUUAGUUUUAAAAUACUCUCAAAGCAAACAAUACAAAAUUCUUUGUAAUCAUGACCGACUUUCGCCCCAAAUUCGGGUCCAUUCGAAAGGAUAGGAUCGAGGAUCCCGAGGACCGACGAUACUUUGUCUAUCAGGUUUUUAUUCAAUUCAUCGUCUACACUGUACUGGCCUUUCUCCAAUGGCUUUGCAUACUUGCAAUAACAAGGCAUUUAAACGACGAAGUGAUCUUGAGCAACGAGUCGGCCAUGAUAGUGCUGUUCUUCAUGGGCCUGCUCUUCUUCCUGGUCUUCGCAGUCAGCCCACAGCUACGGCACCGGGUCUUCGCAAAUUGGCUGGUUACUUUCGUAAUAGUCGAGGCGCAGGUCUUGGCUGUCAGUCUGUUGGCUGUACGAAGCGAGUACCUUCUAAUGCUGAUUGGCUUUGUUGUCGUCCUCGUAGUCAUGGCUGUGGUCUUCAUAGUGGUAAUAUUUCUGCCGUUUGACCUCACGAAUUAUGGAACCCUAUUGUUUUUGUAUAGCCUCUGUGUGUUUGUAUUCUGCGUGUAUUGCAUCAUGUUUACCGUUGUCCUCGUCGUCCGCUGGCCGUUUUACUUGUUCAUCCUCGGCCAACUUUGCUUGGUGAUACCCAUUAUCGCAUAUCAUGAGCAAGCAAUACUGGGCAAGGGCGAGGUGAGGUCCAGCCUCCAUGAUGACAAGUUCUGUGCGCUGCUAUUGUUCCACGAUUUUCUAGCUCUGUUUUUGCCAACCUUUUACUGGUACUACUGGUAACCCGCCCGCUGCUACAAUCAAUAAAAGCCAUGAUUUACAUAUGCUCGCGCUCUGAGCAAACAA